UAUGGAAACAAUUGUCAGUAUUACAUUGUAUCGCAGCGCGAAACAUGUCGGAACACGAACAAAUUCUCAUCGAGCUUCUGAACAAGAUAGUGGCUGAGCAAGCGCUCGUCGCCCCUCAAGUGAAGAUACAGCCCAUCAGCAGCGGCGGAGCCAACUUCACCACCCAGCUGUUCCAGGUGACCAUCAGCCACGGAGACGAUGAGCUGAAACUGUUCGCGAAAGUGGCAGCCGUCGGAGAAAAAUUCAGGCAAGAACUUCCAGGUUUCCGGAUGUUUGAAGCAGAAAACGAUUUUUACACCAAACUCAUAAAAUUUUACGAAAACCUUCAAGAGAAGCACAAUGUGCCGCAGGACAAGCGGUUUGUAGCGCCGAAGUGUUACGGAUGCAGCAGCAAGCUGUAUGAAGAAGUCAUCGUGUUGGAGGACUUGUCGGCACAAGGGUUCACAGUGUACGACAGGAUGAAGUCGGUGGAUUGGGACUACGCCUCUAAGGCUGUGGAAGAAAUCGCUAAGUUUCACGCUCUGUCUGUCGCAUUUGAGAAAGAAAACAAGGAAGAAUUUAAUAAAUACGUGGAAACUUUAACGUUUUCAUGGGAUACAGAAAAUACUGAAUAUUUCAACGAUAUCAUUGACAAGGGAAUUAAUAUGGUCAAGGAAGAAAAAAGCAGAGUAGAAGCAUUCAUAGCAUCUAUUGAGAUGGUGGAUUACGAUGAUAUUUUAAAACCGGUGAAACUAAAGGUAUUAACGCAUUGCGAUAACAGGAGUCAGCAACCAAAUGUACAGGGUGAACGCGGAUGGAGGCAUGGAAGUAAAAAUUAUAGAUUACCAGACCAUUCGGGGCGCGUCUCCGGCUGUCGAUCUGCUUUACUUUAUCUUCUCCGGCACCGACAAGAAGUUCCGCGACCAGUACUACGAACAGCUCCUGGACCACUACUACAAGGAGCUCAGCCUAGCCAUGAAGAGACUGGCUCUCAACCCUGAUGAGAUCUAUCCGAGGGAGGACUUUGACUUUGAAUAUAACUCGAAACUUCCAUUCGGGUUGACCCUGGCGAUGACGAUGUUGCCGCUAAUCACCGUAGACGAGGAGAACGCACCCAAAGUGGACAAGGACUUGGGCUUACACAGCUUCGUAGUGAACAACACGAGCGACAUCCUCCGCGAUAGAAUCAACGAAGUUGUCGACGACUUUAUACGCUGGGGACUUGUGUAAAAACAUUAACAUGUCGAGGAUCGCCAGAUGUUAUCGGUGACGCUAGACGGCGCCACGGGAGUUUGAGUAACUACAAGUGCCGCGUGCGCAGCUACUCAUAAUGUCUGACUGUCUAGAAAAAGGAAUACGAACACGUAUUUUUUGUUUUCCCUUAUGGAUGUAAUAGUCAAUAUAAAAAUAAUAUAUUUUUGUACGCUGACGCGACAACAAAGCAUGAUGAAAAAUAUGUAUUUCAAUAACACUUGUAAACUACCUAUGCUUAUAAAUAAAUAAUUUUAUUUGA